AAAAGACAAACCUUAAAACCCAUCACUUUUCGUCUUAAUAAUCUCAGGACAAAGUUCAGUCGUCCAAACGUUUCCUGGAUAAUUUGCUUUUUGUGUAAUAAGUAAAAUGUACUUACAAAUUUAGACUAUUUGGCUUGAGUCUCAAGGAGUAUUGUCAAUUUUUUAAUUAUUUCCCACUUGGGAAUCACUAUUUGGGAUAUUUAGGCCUAUUUCUGGAAGUAUUAUCAUUCCGUAAACAUUCUUUUGAAAUAAAAGAGUUUCAAUAUAUGUUACUGGCGAAUCAUGUUUCCUAAAUGCAAUGACAUUACUUCACAAUCCGGUAUACAUGUCAGGCGGACGCUCGCGUCCUGGUGAUACCACACACACCGGGAAUGAAUGACCUCAUUGUCACAGGUACACCGAACUUCUGAAAGACGGGAUUUGACCCCGAUUAGUCACGGUGUUAUACGAAUGAAGAAAAAUCCAAAGUCAGUAAGGUUCGGUGACAAUCGAGUUGUUCAAUGGAAAUAAACUGGUUGGCUGUUAAGAAAUAAAAGUAAAGUGGGGAUGUGGGUGAAUGUUGAAAAAAAUCGAUUCGGCGGUUUCUGUCUAUUUUGGAAGUGUAGGCAUGCAAGCUUACCGAUAUACCAGCUUAUGAAAGCUUAUGAAAUUCUCUUUCUGACCAUAUACAUAUCUCAAGAGGUCAAUUUGUGACUUAUUCCUGAUUUCGAUGUACGGGUCACAUAUACGUUCAGGCGAUGUACCAGCACACCUUUGAAUCAUUUGGCGCGCACGUGGCACGCUCGUGCCCAUCACGUGACAUCCCGGUGCAACUUUCGUUCCAAAUUCCCUGAUCCAGGCUGGAAUUAAGGCUAGAAACCAAGUACAGAAGUAUUUUUAAGUCGGAUAUUUCAUAGCAUAUCUUCACUUCUUUCGACUUCACACUUUUUGAAUUUUUUUGGAAAGUCGAAAAUCUCAACAGAGGAAGCCUGCGGUCUGCGAGGUCUGAAGACUAGUCUCCUCUCGGGACUGGCAAGAACAUUUUCCCCACAGGAAAAUAAAAAUUCCCCAAACUGUUAUGUAAUACAUGUAACAGAUACUGCAUUGCACCCAGUAUCUCUUAUCACAAUUUAUUUUGAAGGAAUACGUCAUUCACACUGAAAUAGCAUCCAAUCCUAUCAUGCGGUGGGAUUGGACAAAGGAACAGGACAAAUGGAAUAUCCAAGGUCAGCUUUGGCAUACUAAUGACGUGAAUGAACGGCAUAUUGACAUGGGUGCGGUACCAAAUCCCAGGGCACCGUGAAGGUAAAAUUCCACAACUUCCGUCUAAAACCAUCUAUUUUCAGGAACUUCCGGAAUCGGUGGACACAUGACUAUUGAGUCGUGGUUAUAAAUACACACACAGAAGGUGGACAGGACACUUCCUAUAAAUGGGAGGUCACAGUAUACGUUAAAGAUGAGUAUUUAGUCGACUAACAGUUGUCAAAAGAGCAAAAUCCGGGUUGCGAAUUGCAAAAAGUGAACGUAAAGAAAUUAUGGCUUUUGGUAGCGGCGAAUGGCAAAUAUUGAGCUCAAUGUAUCAGCUAUUUUAGCCACUCAGAGUAAAAAAAAAUCAUUCCGCUUGAAUUGUAAAACUGCAUGCCUCGAUAAAGCAGGGGUCCUGAACUAAAGAGCAAGCAGUGCAUGCUUGCUGAACUUCUACUCAUCCUGUGCCUGACGUCUGCAAACCUGGGCCAUAUAAUCCGUCGGGAUGCUGACCAGACUACUUCAGUUACUAUGGCAACAGUACCCUCUGAGUUCACAACUUCUAGGACUAGUAUUCCGGCCUCAAGUUCUGCUAAUGACGCACCCAAUCAGCUUCCAAUCUCAGACGAGUCGGAUGAACCUUCAGAGGUUAAUAACAUUUUAGGCGCCAUCAUGACAGAGUAUGAAGACGUUGACGGCGGUGCCGGUUUUGGCUACGAUCCUCAAAUCCAAGAUAUUCAGUCUCAGCUUGUCGAAGUCCACGCGACAACCACCAUAACAGUCGACCCAGCCACACCUUCGACAAAUGUACCGACAACUUCAUCGACCCCUGUCGACACAUCCACCUCGACAAUGAGAGACGGCGCAGUAACAACUGAAGAAAACGGUAGCGGCAGUCAGGACAGCGAUAGCGCGAGCACCAGCGAACCUCAGGGUGAAGCCGAGAUGACCAGGUGUCAGGAACCGCCUGAGAACCAGCUACGACUAGACUUCAAGAGAAACAAUCAGCAUGUCAAGUUUCCUGCUCUCGCAAUCUUGCCGCAAGAGGUCGCUGCACGAGAUGAGGCGGAGUCACUAGUAACUCCACCUUUAAGGGAGGAAUAUGUAAAUCUCACAUGCCCAGUAGAGUUACUCCGGGUCAGUGGUAUUGUUGAAGUCAACAGAAGGAGUUUGUGCCCCUGGACGUAUGUGGCCGAUGUCGACCCUGAUCGUUACCCGAGCACUAUACAGAUAGCAAAGUGCCGCUGUCCCAGAUGCAUUGACACAUCUUUGGCACAGGAGGGCGCUUUUUCUAACGAGAAUGACUGUCAUCAGGUGUUGUUUCGCAUGAAGGUUUUACGUCGUGGGCCGUGCGUCAACGGAAUGUUUAUGUAUCAUAAUGUGUAUGAGGACAUCCCAGUGGCCUGUGCCUGUCUGAGACCCAAAACUUUAUGAGUCACGCGGUAGGCUACAAACAAUGACGUCACCGGACUGAUACCAAGGUGCUGUCGAGGUCUGUUUUGUUCCCGAUGAUCAAGCAAUCAUAAAGCAAGUAGUGUACAUACUUACACCCGAGUCAUCUUAGUUGGAUACGAUAGAGGGCGGUAUGCAUGAUUGUAAACAAGGAACAGGAUCAUACACAUCUUCACUUCAGAGAAAAUGAUAAAAAAUACUUACACGUCUCCUAGGUGCUCGGGGCACACAUGAAAUUAUAUCUUUUGUCUGCAUCUUUCAUUUUCUUGGCAAUUUUUGGUGAGGCUACCCAAUGGGUUAUUAUACCCGAGUCUAGAGAAGUCUAAAUUUCUCGAGCUGUGCAUCAGACACAUAAAUUAUUUACAUUGUUCACAGUUUUAAAUUGCAGCCUCAAGGUCCGCAUGUUUGCCCUUUUCAAGCGUUAAAUUAAUUGUGUCCCAUAUAUGGAUGUAUUAUGUAUGUAAGCACAUGUGAUUAAAUUUAUUGAAGUGAGUGUAUUUUGCUGUAUUUUUAUUUAUCGGAAUGGAAAUUACAACGUAACUUAUUCUUUUGUAUAUUAAAAACACUUUUAAAAUGUUUUACACAAAUUAGUCUAUUAUUAUAAUGUCGUAGAGCAUCGUUCAGCACUUCCAGCUGAUAUGUAAAAAUGCCUUUUGCGUACAUGGAGGCUUCUUAUAUCUUUUGAAACUAUUUAUAAAGAAUUUUCUUUAUUCAAAUUUCGCUGGCGAAACACACAUGACUUAUCAUUAAUAAAUGGUUUGAAACCAUUUGUUUUGAAAACAAAUUUCCUGUAAAACAAAGCGUACAGAUACAAAGGUAUUCUAUGUUAGAAUUUACUUUUAAUUUGGAAUUGAUGCUAAGUACUAAUAGGCAAUUCGGAAUGUUAAUGCCAAUGUGUUCAUAAUUUCUAAAAUGUUACCAAGUUAUGGUAACCGAAGUAAGCCUGUUGUAAGGGCUAGAAUUAUUAUGUAAAUAUUUAAAUUCUAUUUUCAAGACUUUUUUUUACUUCUUCGUGUUUUUUGCAUAGAUUAGGGUCUUCCUCUUAAAGGUUUCGUUCUUUGAAAGCUGUUGAUCUCAAUUUCUGAUUCUUUUCUGAUCUGAAGUGAUCUCGGUUAAGUCUAAAAUUAGACAAGGUUUAGACAAGGUUUAUCCUUACUAGAAAUUUAGCAUCGGUUGCACACUCAACAUAAUGAUAAAAAUUAAUUAAUCAAUGCCUACUUGUUUAGAGCACGCAGUAAUUCAGAAAAUUUAUUAUUUAUACCCAUAGACUUGUAUAUAGACUUUUCCAUUCUCAAAUAGUUCAGGAUUUUAAAAAUUCAACAUUUCAAAGAAAAAGAUGCCGUUUGGUAAAACGAUACUUUCAAAAUCUUCAACGAAUUUGUGUGUUUGUUCUUUAUCAUCCGAAUCCGUCCCUGCGUUUCAGGUUUUUGUACAUCCGUUUAAAUGGAUAUUUUGUACUCGGAAGCGCAUUAUUUUACUCAGAUAUGAUUUCAUUAUUGUGAGAAAAAUAAACAUUC